ACUUCCCUGCUUGAGCUUUUCUCAUUUAACUCAUACUCAUGUGUCAUUUGGGUUUUUUUAUGUGUUAACGCGGUGUUCUGCUUAGUUGGCGGAAAACAAAGGAACUCGUCCAACUUUAGCAGAACAUUAGCAAACUGCUCCCCGAAGUUUUGCCUCCGUUUCUGAAUCAAAACAAAGAUGGCAGCCAUUGUUCGGCUGCCUCUUUGGAACUUCUGAGUGUCAUCCCGCAGCAUGGGUAGUUUGUCUUCAGGGUGAAGGACGCGACUGCAGUCUGUGCUCCAGGGAGGGAGAACAUUUCUGCGCAACAAGCAGGCUGGUGGGGGGAAAAGCAAGGAACGGCGCCCCGGCGCAGGAAUAUUAAAGCUGCAGCAACUGGCAAUGGAGCCCAGUGGAAACCAUCUGCACCCUGGACCUGCAAGAUCCUCUAGUCCUGCUUCUAAAACGGCCAAAGCUUCUAAAGGACAACAAGCUAAAAGCAAGCAACGGGCUGGAUUUACACUGACUCCUUUCCACAAGCCAGCCAUCAUCAGUAAUGCUGGUUUUCAGAGAAAUUCCGCAGAAGCUGAACACUUUCCUCAAGAUGCUGCUUCGGCGGCUGGAAACUCGAAGCGACCGGCUCCAUCUCCAGGUUCAGGUUCGCUUAGCAAGACUGCUGGCAAAAAGACACCAAAGUCUUCUCCAAAGGACACGGCGCCAUCUCAAGUCCCGUCCACCGCAGAGCCUCAGCAAAACCACGCAGACAAAGGGAGGGGUGUGUCUACCUCGGUCAAAGCUCACAUGGCUGUGAAGAAGAAGAAGAGGAAAAUGGGAACGUACAGCCUUGUCCCAAAAAAGAAGGGGAAGACUGUUAAAACUCAGGAGAAGAAAGAAAAGCCAAAAGCAGGCGUGAAGAAGCAUCAGCCUGUCGCCGCUGACAAGUCAGUAACUGCGGCAGAGACUGAUAACGCUGCUGUACAGACGGCUACAGUGAAGAGGAAAAUGUCUCUAGAAGACAGCCACGCUGAAUACACAGAGUUGGCUUUGGACUGUCUGGACCUCAGGGCUCAGGAAGAGCUUCUCUCCCCUUCUCUCUCAGGAGAGGCUGAGGACAAGGAAACAGACCUGGCAGAAGAGCUACCGCUGUGCUGUUGUCGUAUGGAGACUCCUAACAGCGGAGGGAGCUUUUCCAUGGGCAAUCAGACCUGCAUGGCCAUGGAGAGCGCAGAUGGAAUGCUGAGUCACUGCCAGAGGCCGGUGAUGAAGCCAGAAUUAAUGCGACCUUCCAACACAGUCCAUCUGCUGGUUUUGUGCGAGGACCACCGAGCCGGCAUGGUCAAACAUCAGUGCUGCCCUGGCUGUGGAUUAUUCUGCAGGGGGGGUUCCUUCAUGGAGUGCAGGCCGUAUGGAAGUAUUUCCCACCGCUUUCAUCGUGACUGUACCUCCAUACUGAACGAUCGGCGAUUUUGCCCCCACUGUGGAGAGGAUGCCAGUGGGGCGACGGAGGUCGUGCUUUCAAAGCCUGAUCCCUCACCCUCUGUACCCAGAUCAAACCCAGGACCUUUAACUCCUGUUGUAGCCACUCUGCCAUCAAUCCUAAGUACACCUGCUGUCCCUCAGAUACUGAGAGCAAAGAAAAGCAGCCAGCCACAGAAAAGUAGGGAUGAGAGCCAGACGAGGUUAAAGGGAGAAGCUGUACAUCCUAAAGAGUCACUGGAGACCAUCCUCAUAUCACUGGAUGAUGAGAACAUGAAACGGAAGAAAGCAAAGGGCCCUACCAGGCAGCUGUACAUCUCUGCAAAGCAAGGGGACCUUCAGAUGGUCAUUCAGCUUCUGGUUGAUGGGAAGGACCCCAACUUUUUGUUGGAGGGCAACAACAGACGCACCGCACUUCACGUAGCAGCUGCUGAGGGUCAUCAGGAGAUCUGCCACAUGCUGGUCCAGGCUGGGGCCAACCUGGACAUGUUUGAUGAGGAGCACAGAACCCCGCUGAUGGCGGCCUGCGAAAACAACCAUCUGGACACGGUGAAGUACCUGGUCAGAGCCGGAGCUGCAGUUGGCCACAAGGAUAUCAUGGGCUUCACCUGUCUGCAUCUGGCUGCUAAACUGGGACAUUACGAUGUUGUCGAUCAUCUGCUCUACAAGGCAUGCAAAUACAUCAACUGUCAGGAUAAUGGAGGAUGGACACCCAUCACCUGGGCCAUUGAACACAAGCACAAAGAGCUUGCUCUUCUGUUUCUGAAGAGAGGGGCUGAUGUUAACAUCAGAGACAAGGAAGAAAAUGUCUGUCUGCACUGGGCGGCUCUGUCAGGCUGCAGGGACAUCGCCCAGGCCCUGCUGGAGGCUGGAUGCUACCUGAAUGCCAUUAGCAUUCACGGCGACACGCCACUUCAUAUUGCUGCCAGAGAGAACCACCUACAGUGUGUCAUGUUGUUUUUAUGUCAUGGAGCAGAUAUAUCUAUGAAGAACAAGGAAGGGGACACAGCUAUGGAUAUCUGUGUGAGCGGCUCAAAGGUGUGGACAGCUCUCAACACCAACAAAAAGCUUACUGAUGCCAGGAGAGAACGAGACUGUCAAGGAGAGCGACAGCUCAGCAGGGAUAUUUCCCGGGGAUAUGAGGCAGUUCCUAUCAGCUGUGUUAAUGGCGUUGACCAUGAACCCUGUCCGGAGAACUUUAAAUAUAUACCAGACAACUGCCUCAGCUCACCCCUGAACAUAGACAAGGACAUCACCCAUCUUCAGCACUGCAACUGUACAGACGACUGCUCAUCCAGCUCCUGUAUGUGUGGUCAGCUCAGUCUGCGAUGUUGGUAUGACAGUGAGGGUCGGUUACCACUGGACUUCUGUCAGUGGGAGCCUCCAGUGCUGUUUGAGUGUAAUCAUGCCUGCUCCUGCUGGAGGACCUGCAGGAACCGUGUGGUUCAGAACGGUCUCAGGGUCCGCCUGCAGCUCUACAAGACAGAGAAGAUGGGGUGGGGAGUGAGGGUCCUGCAAGAUAUCCCUCAAGGAACAUUCAUUUGCGAGUACGCUGGGGAGAUCAUCAGUAAUGCUGAGGCUGACAAAAGAGAGAACGACUCUUUCCUCUUCACUCUGGACAGCAAGGUAGGGGAGCCCUACUGCAUCGACACGAGGCUCUACGGCAACAUCGGCCGCUUCAUCAACCAUCUUUGUGAGCCCAACCUGAUAGCUGUGAGGGUGUUCACCAUGCACCAAGACCAGCGCUUCCCAAGAAUAGCCUUCUUCUCAAGUAGACCCCUUAAAGCUGGAGAGCAGAUUGGGAUUGACUAUGGCGACAACUACUGGAAGGUCAAAAGCAAGUACUUUGGCUGUCUGUGUGGUUCUCUGAGGUGUCAUCACUCAGCUGCAGGCAGAUAGAUGCUGAUCCACUCUGUGUGUGUCAACACGUCCUUUCGUUGUCAGAACUAUAGAAUCAUAUACCAACCGUAGUGUUAACUGACGCAUUGUUCUAGGAUUAUGUCUUCGCAGUUUUUAAAGAGAAACUACUUUUCUGCACAGACCAGAAGAUUUAACUUAUUCUGUGCUUUUUCAUCGCUGAAGGUUUACUUUGUUUUGCACUAAAGUCCUACGCGGUGUAUCAAGAUGUUUAAACUUGUUUUUGUUGGUAGAUUUUAAUGGUGCAGCAUAGCACAUUUUUUAAUAAGGUCUUAUUAAAGGUGAUCUAUUUUAGUGUUUGUGCUGCAUCUAACUGGCAAUUAAACACUUUUUAACAUUUUUCAUACAA